CCAAUCGAGUUUCGAGAAAGGAGAAUUGCAUUUAAGUUCGUUACGCCAAGACGUGUCCCUGCAUUCUAAUGCCUUGAUGGGAAUGGCGCAGGCUUCAGUGUAUCAACCUUUUAGACCCUUUCAAUCGCCACCGAGUGAAGAAUAAUGGUAAGCGGUAGUAAACAUAAGAGAGUCUGACGAGGUUUCGGCUGCACCAUGGGCGUCCAGGGGCUGGAACGGUACAUCACGACGACGCAUCCGGCGUCUUGUCCACGAGUCAGCAUCGCUGCGUUGGCGGAGAAGUACAGGAAGGCGACGGGCCGCGACUCCGCCGUGGCGGUGGUGGACGGAGGCCUCGUCAUGUACGAGAAGGUCAGCCACCAGGAGCAGCUCUACGGCGGCCAGUUCAAGCAGCUCGCCGCCAGCAUGGUGGACUUCGCGUGCCGCCUGCAGGACGUGGGAGUGACUCCAGUGUUCUACUUCAAGGGAGCGCCGAGCGAGGGUCGCCUCAAUGUGUGGGAGGACCGCAAGAAGCAGCAACUGGCUCGCGUCCAGGACGCCUUUGAUAGGAUCGCGACGUGGCCACCCAGCAAGCCAAAGUGUGGUGACCGCGAUGCCGUAGCGCCAAAGGAGAGCAACACUGAUGCCGGAGCUGGAGAACCCUUGCGUCCAGCGGAGCCCAGCGAGCCAAGCGUGAAGGAGGCGGUGUCCUCUUCGGGGGACUCUGCUCCUGAACCUCUGCCUCCUGCCCCAGCGGCGAAGACGGAAGAGGCUGCCGAGCGAGAACAGAAGGAAGCAUCCGAGUCCCAGCCUCAAGGGGAGAAGCUGAACGAGGACCCCGGGCAAGACCAGAGCAAGACCCCAGAGUCGCAGCAUUCAGUGGUGAAGUCGAGCGAGGCCCAGGGUGAUUCCUCAGAGCCACAGCCUCAGGUUCAGGAGCAAAGCGGGGACGCUCGGGCAGACCAGGAGUCACGGCAUGACUGGGAACAGUUGAAGCAAGCCCAGGAAGAGCUGCAGCGCUUGGGGUACCACGCUCGCGGCUUCUCUCGUGGGAGGGCGGCUUACUCGCAGCGAGGGGGUCGCUCAGACUUCCCUCAGCGAGGAGGUCGCUCAGACUUUUCUCAGCAAGGAGGUCGCUCAGACUUUUCUCAGCAAGGAGGUCGCUCAGACUUCCCUCAGCAAGGAGGUCGCUCAGACUUCCCUCAGCGAGGAGGUCGCUCAGACUUCCCUCAGCGAGGCCGCUCUGACUGGCGCGGCGCCUGGCGUGCCUCUCGAGGUGCAAUGGGUCCGCGGCGGGGUGGCCGCGGCGCGCGCGGCUACCACCAGCAGGGCGUACGGCGUGCCCCGCGGGGGAACCACGACUUCAUCCUGCCCUCGGGCGCCUUCAUUUGCGUCAAGCUGGCGCUCAAACGGGCAGGCUUCGAGGUGCGGAUCUCUGUGCGCGAGCUGGACGUGGAGAUGGGGCAGUACUGCCGCCGCCACGGCUGCUUCGCGCUGCUGUCGCGCGACACGGACUUCGUGGCCAUGGAGACGGCGCACUACUACCUGUCCGUGGCGCACCUGGACCAGGACAUGGCGACGCUGCACUUCGACCGCGACGCCAUCGCGCGCGCCCUGGGGCUGCGGCACCGCGGCCACCUGCCGCUGCUCAUGGCCGUGCUGGCCAACGGAUGCGUGCCCGCCUCGUACCUCAUCCCCCUGCACAUUAAGGCGGCGGGGACUCGCCUGGACCAGCUCAGCCCGUCGCUGAGUUUCCGCCUGGAGGCGGUCAUCACGCGGCUGGGCCAGCUGGUGAAGAACAGGCUGAGCAGCAUGACGACCGCGGACGCCGUGCUCGCCAUCCUGGACAAGUCGUUGACGGAGUACUCCCCCGAGCUGAUGACGGACUUCUCGAAGCAGCUCGGCUUCGCGGACAGCGCGGCGUUCCGGGAGGCGCUGCGCACCCAGCUGGAGGCCAGCCUGGCCGCGCACGACUACACGCCGUGGACGGACGACGCCCUGCCCCGGUCCAGCGCGUCGUCCCCCGAGCCGGCCGCACCGCAAGCCGCGCCCGAGAACUCAGUCAAGGGUGAGUCGGAGGUGCUGCAGCUGGCGCGCGUGCGCCACGUGGCGCUGCAGUUCGUGUCGCCGCACGUGCUGGUGCUGCUGGAGAAGCGCGUCUGGGAGGACAACUGCGCGCUGGAGGACCCGGCGCUGCCGCCCGGCAGCUGCUCCACCGAGGCGCUGCGGCCGUUCCGCCGCCGCCUGUACGGCGUGCUGUUCCACGAGGGCGCCAGCCAGGACCACGGCCUGGGCCGCGUGCGCGAGUUCAUCCUGCCCAACCAGGUGGCGCAGGGCGCCAGGCUGGUGCCCGCCGAGGUCGAACCGCAGCCGCUGGACGCGGCCGCCGUGCCGCACCCCGGUCUGCUGUCGCUGUGGCGCGGCGAGAACAUGGAGGACGCGCGGUGGCGCCUGCUGGGGUGGUGCCUGUGCCCGUCGCUGGGGCUCGCCGCCGCCGACUUGCCGGCCCGCCUGCGCGCGCUGCCCUGCCGGCACGUGCUGCCCGCCGCCGCUCUCUUCCUGAUGCGCCACUGCGGCGCUCUCGCCGCCUCCAUCCGCGCAGCCGCGGACCGGGCCUCGCGGUCUGUCGUGCCGACGCCUGAAGCUGAAGCCUCCGCCGUUGACCCGGUUGAAAGUGCCCCUGCCGCUGCAACAUCUGCCGUGCCUGCUCCAGAGGGUCAAGGUCGUGACGCCAGUGCGGUCGAAGAAGAAAGGGCCGAGGUGACAUCAGCCGAGUCGCCCACUCAAGAGCCGUCCCCCGCCCCGGCUGCCCCCGUGGUGGAGUUCACUCCCACGUCCGAGGAGGAAGUCAUUCGUCUCUUCGCACGGACUUGUGUUCGAGUCGGCAAGAUGACCGCCGCGGAAAUCGAGCAGCUUCCGCCGCCCAGACCGCAGCGCCUUGCGGUGCACCUGGCGGCGCUCUUCAUGCGCGCCUGCACCCACCUCAUCGUCCUGAACGACGCCCUGGGAGCCGUCGUGCCGGUGGACGAGGUCCAACCCGCUUCCUUCUUUGAUGGCAAGCUGCUGCACACCUUGCUGAUGGACGACACCUCGCAUGAGGUCGACGACGGCGCCGUGGAGGCCAUCGUGGCCGCGGCGCGCUGCGGCGACACGGCGUGCGACGCGUGCGCCCCAGCCACCGACGCGGCGCUGCAGGAGGUGGAGAAGGCCCUCGCGCAGCAACACCUGUCGACCGAGGCGGAGGCGGCCUGCGAGGAGUAGAACUGCCCGCCAAGUUGCCGACACCGCGGCGCCGUACCGCCUUUCCCUGGACUCGUUCUUGAGACCGGGUUCGAUGGACGUACGCGCCCUCGGGUUUUCUGACGACGUUUCGCCACGUUGUGGUAGUUAGACUGACUGCCUUUGAUAUACGGACAUGUUACCGCGAUUUUUUUUUUUUCGUUAUUUGUACGAGUUGCCCUUAUAAUUGUGACUUUUUGAGAUGUCGUACCUGUGCCACGAGGAAGUGGAGAAUAAAUUAAUGUCUUUUUGGUUUA